AUGAAAGUUGAUCCAUCGUACAAAUACUACGUGAUCCAGUUUCGGCAGUCGCCCUUUCAAAACAUCGAUGACUUCGUCUGCGUGCCUACUACGUGGAUAGAAGAUAGAGGGCCCAAAGGGAUCUAUGCUGCCUACCCCCCAGAGAGACUGCCAACGACUAGAACUAUUGUCAAAUCCAGACAGGAUUAUGAUAAGGAAUGGAAAUUUUAUUUAUGCACACCUAAAUAUGGGACAAACUGUCCGUGGGAUGCUGAGAAUAUCAUACGCGUAGAGAGUAGCAAGAAGCUGAAUGCACUCUUAGAGACUCCACAAGUACUACCUCCGAAGCAGAGUAGAGCUCAAGAAAACAAACCUAAGACCAAAGCAAAGAUGAACACUCGAGAUGAAUUAACACAGUCCCUCAAACGCAAGGUAUCAAUAGAUUGCGGUAGAAAUAGAAAGGCUGCUAGAAUAGAAUCAACUCCUGAUGUAUCUGAACCUACAAAUAACGUUUCCAACUCAGAAAAGGAUUCAAAAUUAUGUAAAGAUUUGGCAGUUAUGAUAUCCAGAUUACCAGAAUUAUUUAUUACAAAGUCUAAAGUAGUAAAUCUAACUAAUAAUGAAAAACAAAACCCUUCUAAAACUUCUUACGCCCAAAAAAUGCAUUCACAUCACCCAAUAACAGUCACUUCAAGUGCAAAUAAAAGUAAAAGUGCUCCAGAAAAGGAUCAUGGAGCUACGAGUUCCGGUUCAAGUUCUUUAAUGCAAAUUCUACAAGAAACACCUGAUUCUGUAAAUCAUAGAAGAAAUAGUACGUCCUCUAGGCCUUCCAGUCAAUCUGGUCAGCAUAAAAUGGAUGCAACCAAAAGUCAUUCUACUACAAGCCUAAUUAAUAAACCGACUAAUACAGUAAUUGCAGAUAGCAAUUCAAGUACAAAGAAAAUUGAUGCCAAUCGUCCUUUACAAAAUAAUAAUUAUAAUAAUCCACCAGCUAAGGCUAAAGGACGAAGAAAUUCGGUAAGAGAGUCUACUGAAUUAGAUACAUUAGAUAAUAUUCAAAUAUUCUCCAAUAUGACACCUGAAGGAAAGCGUCUUUUACAAGAAUUUAUUGCGUCUGGUGGCCUAAAAGGUAUCGAUCACGAAUUGUUGCAAAGUUGCUUAAAAAACAUACAGGAUAGUGCGCAAGAUACACACGUUGCUGCGUCAGAUAGACAAGCCAUGCAAAUUCCUCCAGACGCUAUGCAGGCUGCACAACGUACUCCACUUGUGAUGCAAUGUGCGCAAGUUAACCCACAAGUUAUGCAAGCUGCACAAGCUACUUCACAGGCUAAGCAAGGUGCGAAAGCUACUCCACAACCUAUGCAAGCCGCGCAAGCUACUCUUGAACAAGCGGAAACAAUAAAUAAUUCUCCCGGAGUUCCAUAUCCAAUAACAGCAAAUACGCCCAUUAUGUACCAAGAUCCACAUGAACGACAAAUAACAACUGAAAGAUCUACCAUAACGAAGAUUAUAGAUCCAACUUAUUCACAAAGUAGGGCCCCCAAUGUAUCUAAUAUCCAAAAUAUAUCAAACCUCCAAUAUUUAUCUUACAAUAAUCAGGUUAUUGGAAAGUCUCAACAUAGGCAGACGGAGCAACAAAUUGCAGCGAAUGGAACUUAUGCUCAUGAAAUCAGAUCUUCUAGCAGUCCAGUCAGGAGGAGGGUAUCGGAUAGAUCCUAUACUAGAUGUUAUCCGCAGAUGCCAGAAAAUAGAGUGCCUUCGAACGUCCAAAUGCCUGAUUUACAGCCGCAACAUUAUGCUGUUCACACAGUUCCUUUAGGCCCCAAUAUGCCUAAUAUAUCCAAAACUAGUGGACCUAAAAACCAAAUGCCAUCUAACAUUCAAAUGCUUCCUUUACAGCAACAAAGUUUUGCUUUACACCCUAUACCACCAGUUCCUAUACCACCCAGAAUUGAUCAGACAUCGAAAUUGAUUCAUACAAUCCCAAAUAUACCAACAUCGAAUCACCCGCACUCAUAUGAAUAUUCAUAUCACGAUCGCAAUAAUUACUCGCACCAAGGAUAUAAUUAUUCGCUUUCUGACACGCAAGUACAACAAAAUUUAAUGCAAAGAAGUGGAACAGGACACAAACACCCGAGCUUAGGUGUUCCCACACAAAGACAUCUGCAUACGUAUCCUCCAAUUGCGGCAAACCAAUUAAGACAUUUGCACAGUGCACAUAUAAACAAGACAGUUAUCCCACAAGCUUAUGCAAACUAUCCUCAUCAAGAGCCAGAAGUACAAGAAAAUAUUACGGCGAGGCCGAGAAGCAAUGAUAUGUUAGAUCAGAUCCCUCACAAAAAUGACAUGCCGCACGAUGUACCAACUGCAGUACAACAAAUCUCAAACCCAGCAAGAAAUACUAAUGAUAAAACUAAUUCAACAAAUAUUUUAAAUAAUAGUAACCAAAUCGCAAUCAAAGAAAACAUGGAAGAGGAAACUGAUAAAACCAGUACUAUUAUUGAGAAUGGAGGAGAAAAUGCAUUAUCUGCCGUCGAAAACCCUAACAGCAACAUGAAGACGUCACCAUGUGAUGCUGUUGAACAACUACCUGUAUGCAACGAAAUCAAAGGUGAUAACGCUGUUCCUAAAGAAAUCCCACUUGGAAGAAGCAGUAGCACUGAUAUAGUAACAUUAGAUCAAACUCAUAAUGUGGCUGAAGAUAUAUUAAUUGGGCUAACAAAAAAAAUGAAUAAUUUACUAUCGCCAACAUUUCGAACGCAGAUUGAAAUUAAUGUAAUAAAACACUUCGGUAAAGUCUUUCAAAUAAUGUCUGAUCAUUUUGGCGAAAUUCUUGAAGUUCUAAAUCGUGACCAUAAAGCAAUAACGAUGAAAAAAGAAAUGCUUGACAAAGCUUUAACUUCAAUCAAAUCUUAUGUAGAAUUGCAAAAUGAAAAUUCCGCAAUUGUAUUAACAACGAAACAUUCAGCAUCCCAAAAAGUAAAAAAGAAAAAGAAGAAUAAAAAACGAAAACAAAGGAUGUCGACGACGGCGAGGACGACGAAGACGACGACGAUAGUUUAUAUGAUGGUGAUAGGCAUGAUAAUAAUGACAGUGAUAGUUCUGAUGAUAACGACAAUAACAAUAAAGGUGAUAUUAGUAGUAAUUCAAGCAACAAUAAUAAAGUACAUGGCAAAAAAAGUACAACUCCCAGCAAUGAUAAUAAGCACUCUGAAGAUAAGACUACUAAAACCAAAGAUGACAAGAAGACUGUUGAUAGUGAUGGUGAUAAAAUAUCAAAAUCCGAUUCUAACAAUGUUAAUGAAGAAAUAAAGAGGCGAGGCAAGAAGUAUUCAUUUGUGUUACCGCCAGAAUAUUCACCGACAAAUUCAAGGUGGACGUUGAAAUAUCAAAGUGGUGAUCAGGUUACUAUAGAACUUUUGCCUAAAAGUCGUAUUUACGUAAAAGCUAUCGAAUUGGCGAACUGUAAAAGGAUUGCGAGUAGUUAUAAGGAAUUUGCGAGGAUGUUGCUGACGUUAAUUUUUACUCGAAGUGCAUUGAGUGUGUGUUCAUGGACCGGGGCCAGGGCUAACGCUUUUGCAGUUGACGAAAAUGAUGUUAGACCAGGUUUAGACGAGCAUGCAAGACAGGUGAUGUUAAAUUACGUUGAACGUGUGGGACGCAAAAAGAAAUGGGGAAUGUAUGACGAACAAAGCGUUGUUAAUUCUCUUCGCGCAAAAAUUCAGGAUAUAAGAAAGUUAUUUCAUAAGAACCUUGUGAUCAAAAAACAAGAAUUAGACGAUAAUGAUAAAAUGUAAUAA